AUGAACAACCAAACGGGAAAACUUAGGCGCAAUAAGGCCACAACGUUUGAAUCUCCGAGCAUUCCAAAAGCCAAAAAAGCAUCUGCAAAUUUUAACGAGCACGCCGUCGUCAAAUAUGCCAACGACGAGCGGCCAGAUGAAAAAGAGAAACAGGAUCUCGAAAAUAUGUUUAAAACGGUUUUAAGGAUAGGAGUUCAAAACUCUGAUAUAGUUUAUACACAUCUUCUACAACUAUCACAAUGCUACGAGGCGAUGGCUAGGAAUAACAAACUUAUCGUUUUCACAAACGACAUAUCUGUAAGAAAGGCGUUUAAUGGAUUGAUUUAUAAUUGUAUGCGAACAGGUUUAGUGGCAGACUCGAAAACGUUGGAGAUUACUGGCGUAUUAUCGGUCACCGAUUUUAUAAUGGUCCUCAUGAUGUUGUGGAAGUAUCGUGAGAAUCUCGACGAGCUUAAAGGCACACCGCUUAGCCAUGAGGAUUUCCGGCAGAUGGACAUUGCUUACAUGCCGAUUUCGAGAUGGAAAGGAUGUCUCGAAAUGAAAGGGCAGUUGAAGCCAUUCAUCAACAUUGGAUUGAAAGAAAGCAUAUUUCGGGCCGUCGAGCUGCUCACCAAACAUAGAAUUCAUCGACUGCCGGUGAUGGAUGAGAACACGGGGGAUUGUGCAUACAUUCUGACGCACCGUAGAAUACUACACUACCUAUGGAAACAUUGCGCCCUUCUUCCUAAACCCGAAUGUUUGAGUCAACGAGUGGUGGACCUGGAGAUGGGAACGUGGAAAAAUUUGCUUUACGCCGACGAAAAAACACCACUGAUAGAUUGCCUGGACAUGCUGAUUGACAAUCAUAUCAGCGGAAUUCCAAUUGUCGAAAAACACACAAUGAAGGUCAAAGAAGUGUACACAAGGUUUGAUGCCGCUUCAGCUGCCUUCUCGGAUCAUAUUGACCUCAGUGUUACAGUCACCCGAGCGAUUCAGGAAAGAGAUUACCAAUGUGGAAUUCGCCGUGAUGCUGUUGUCACUGCUCACUAUACAACAACCCUCUGGUCUCUGAUAGAGAUUUUUAUAGAUAAAAAUGUGCAUCGAAUAUUUAUGGUGGAUGAUAAAACUAUUCUGAAAGGAAUCAUCUCCUUAUCAGAUGUAAUUGAAUUCCUGGUGCUCCGUCCUUCAAGACAAACCGCCAACGGAAACAACAAGUGA